AUGUCCUGCAGUCUUUUUCCCUUUGAAGAUUCAUCGACCGAUCACAGAAAACGAUCCAAUUCGGAGUCUUCCAAACUCAGAGUGUCCAACAUGAUUUCGGAUAUGCAGAAAAUGUCAAUGAUGUCGGGAAAUAAAGAAACGGCUAAGGUGGUUGCUCGGACGGAUUAUGGCACAAUUGUUAUAGACAACGAUAUUUUGAAACUAGCAAAAAAUGCAAAGCAAAAAGAGCACGAAUUCCGAGCACCGUUCCUUCCCAGUUCAUUUGAAAGCCAGAACUAUUCGGUUCUCUCUACAUCUCUCCCACUGAAAAAUCCGGCAAACAUACAAAAAAGAAACAUCACAGAGGAGAUUGAUCAUUCUCAAAAGCGGCAAAAAUUUGAAUCUGAACCGGUUGACUACAUUCUGAAAGCAUUACCAUCAAACUUGCGAAACACCGACUGCCAGGGGGCUCUAAUGCAGUUGUUAUACGGAACAAGCAUGCCGGUUCUUCCACCAUUACGCUCGUCUGUCAAACCACAAGUAACAGAAAAAACGGCAGAUGACAAACCACCGUAUCUCGCUGGUCCAUUCACUAACGAACUGAGACUUGAAAAUAUUAAUCAGUUUUCACCAGAACCCAUGCCUCAACUAUUCAGAGAAGAGCCAACAACGUCAGAGCAGUCUGCUUCAAUAAAAGAUUGCAUACUAAAAUCAACAAGAAGCUAUCAGAAACAAGCCACAAAAGACAUUGAGGACAAGAGGACCAUUUUUAAUGCAUUGUAUAAAAAAUGUGAAGAAGAUCAAGUCGCUUUCAGGAUACAAAAUGAAACUACAGCAUUAUUGGAUAAUAUACCAAAUUUUGUCAAUGGUAUUCCGAACGAUUUCUGCUUGCAAAGCGGGAUUAAUACUGCUAAUGCAGCACCAGCCGUGACUCAAUUGCCUCAAUUUCACAUUCCAAUUCCAACAAUGAAUUUGCACAACUUAUCAACCAAUACUCUCCCAGAUCUAACAACAUUCGACCCAGCUUUACUAAAUCUACUUUUAGCACAAUUAACGGCUCAGAAUAUUGCACCGCUUCCUGUGGUUGCUCCAAAUUUGGAGCUGGCGCAACAAUUGCUCUUUCAGUUACCUACACCAGCGACAGGUUUGACUGAAAUAUGCCAAUUGCAUUGA